GUGGCACACGCAGCUGCUGCAGACACACACAAGAAGAGAGAGAGAAAGAGCGAGAGCGGCUGCUAUAGGUAGCAGCCUGUCUGCCCGCUCGAGAAGGAAAAGAAGAAAAAAAAAAGAAACGACGAGUCGUGCGCGAGCUUUAACCAAUCGUUUUCAUUUGCGAGUAAUCAUUCAUACGCCGCGAGGAGUAUACAGUGCGCGAGAAAAAAAAAGCUCAUCGAUCGGAUGGUGAGUGGUGAAGUGCAAUAAGUUGGUGUGUUGUUUUUAAUAAAAAAGUAAAUCAAGAAGAGAAAUAAAAUAAAAGUGCGGCGGAGAGUAUAGUGAUUCGCUCGCACAGUCGAUCGAUCGUCAUCAACAUCAUCGUGUGUCAACAACAUCAUCAUCAUGCUAGCAUUGGAAUUCCGCUGGAGAGGAAUCUGAAAAGGCGGGGACUCUGACGUCACUCCGCUCAUGAUAAUGAGAGCGCAGUGAAAAUAAUGCCAAGGAGACGGAAUGGGGAGAUACCGCUUCCGGAAGGGUGGGACGUCGCUCACGACUACGAUGGCAAGAUGUACUUCAUCGAUCACAACACUAGGAAGACCACCUGGAUCGAUCCACGUGAUAGGUUCACCAAGCCCCAGACAUUCGCAGACUGCAUCGGCAACGAGCUACCACUCGGCUGGGAGGAGGCCUACGACAAGCACGUGGGCGCUUACUACAUCAAUCAUGUUAACCAAACGACACAGCUGGAGGACCCCAGACAAGAGUGGCGAGCCAUCCAGGAGAACAUGCUCCGCGAGUAUCUGCAGACCGCACAGGACGCACUCGAGGCGAAAAAGGAGAUCUACGACGUGAAGCAACAGCGAUUAUGCUUGGCCCAAGACGAGUACAAUCACCUGAACAAUGCUCUUAGUACUCUCGGUGCUUCCCGCACCAGCUUGUGCUCGAGUUCAAGCUCGCUCAGCACGAAAUACGACCCGGACCUGCUCAAAUGCGACGUGGCGUUGGCGAGGAAACGUGUGUCCAGGCUGAAGCGCGAGCUCGAGCAGAUACGCGCCGAGAUGAACUGCACGCAACGUGGCGUCGAAACUCUCGCCAGCGUGGAGCAAAAGCUGAGCUCUCAUCACGCGGGCUGCUACAACAUCACGGAGGCCCAGGCGAUAAUGACGGAGCUGCGCAACAUCCAGAAGAGCUUGAGCUCCGGCGAGAAGGAGAAAGCCGAGCUGAUGCAGUCGCUCGCCCAGUUGAAAGACGAGUUGACGAGGCUACAGCUCUGCGAGGGAAGUCCGGACGCGAGCACCUUGAGCUUGCCCCAGGAGAAACUGAGCACGGCCUCGCAAACGGAUUUGUCGGGCGAAUUGGUUCCCAUUGGCACGCGACUGGCGGAGAUGGCGAGGAUGAGGUUGCAGUACGACGAGGCGAGGAAGAGGAUUCAGCAGAUUCAGCAGCAGCUGGCCGAUCUCGAGGAGAAAGUCAUUCCUGGACAGACGGAAAGCGACAAGGACAAGCUGCUGCUGUUCCAGGAGAAGGAGCAGCUGCUGAGAGAACUGAGGAGCAUCACUCCGCACACGAGAACGCAGCAGGACAUGAAGAAGAUACAGUCGGAGAUCAAGAGGCUAGAACAGGAUCUUAAUAACGCUUUCGAGCUGUCGAACAAAACCAUCACCGACAGGGUGAGGCUUCACGAGGAGAAGCAACUUUUAUUGCAGCAACUCAAGGAUGCACUCAGAUCAAUGGCAAUGUUGGAAGGUCAACUGAAGAGCCUCUCGGCGAGCACACUCUCGGUCUCGAGUAGCUCGAGCCUCGGCAGCCUGAGCACAACGAGCAGCAAGGGUUCGCUGAGCUCGGGCCUGAGCUUCACGGACAUUUACGGUGGACCACAGUGUAUGGGCACGACGAUACAAGAAAGACCGGUCGACAUGGUCGAUUUGCAUCGUCGUGUUGAACGAUUACUGAAGGGUUCCGAACAGAGCGUCGUUGUGCCGAACAAUCUCGGUAUACCGUCGCCAGGCAGAUCGCAACCGAGUCUCUCGCCAAGGUCCAGCUUGUCGAGCGUCUCGCCACCUGUCUCACCACUUUACGAGAACGCUCCGGUAGGACCGCCACCAGCUUACGAACAGAUCGAGCUGCAGAGGAGACAGCAACAGAUACGGCCUACCACUGCGUCACAUCUCGACAGGACGCAGUUGGAAGAUAAGCUAGCAGAAUUGAGAUUGAGUCAGCAGACGAUACAAGAGCAACACUGUACUACCGUUGAGUAUAGUCAUCAUCACCAUCAUCUACAUCACCAUCAGCAGGUAUCGAAGCAUAAUCAACAGCCACCUAUGGAUCUACAGUCGUGUAAUAUGUCGCAAGGUAGCGGUCUUGGAAGGCCAGGUAUGACCGAACCACCUCUAUCACCGAUCAGUGAAACCCCACCGCCAAUGGGCAUUCGUUCACGAGCAAGCUCAUCGGGCACGAACACACGCUCCGUUUCAGCCGCCGUGUCCGACGAGAGUGUUGCCGGGGAUUCUGGCGUCUUUGAAGCCUCGAACAGGCGAAGAUUAUCCGGCAUACUCAACGCUGAUGCUCAAGUCACUGGCGAUUCUAAUCUCGAAACUGCGCAAGUCCAAAUUAAGCUAAGGUACUCGGUGAACGACGGUACGCUCAACGUAGGCAUUGAGCGAGCAAGAAACCUGGCGGCCCUUUUUAUUCCCGACAGCAUGCAAGUAUAUAUAAAAGCCGCUUUAUUGCCAAUGCAACCAGCAACGAAUAACAUGUGUUGCUCGAAACCGGUAACGGAUUUGCGCAAACCUACCUUCGGUGAAACAUUCCCAAUUGCCGUGCCGCUCAACAAGCUCUACACCAAGACACUGCAGGUCAAUGUUUGGUGUACCAGCGGAGAGUCUGAGGAGUGCUUGGGUUCAGCCCAAGUCUCAUUGGCAGACUUUAAUCCUGAAAACCCGAGCGUCAAGUGGUACAAUAUCCUGUCGUUCCGUUUCAUGCAGCCGUCGAGUUCGUCUGAUGCAAGCGUCUCCCGCUCUUCACUCUUGUCCUCGCAGCAGCAAUUGUCGAGCAGGCACGACAAGCAAGAAUCCGAGAUCUCGAUGUACCGCGGGCAAAACAGCAGUAGUAGUGGACAGAACGCGAAAGAAGAGAGUAGUGACGAGAGUACCAUCAUCAGUUCGCAAACGUCCACGCUCACUCGUAAUCAGGGAUGUGAAGAACUUCAGACGGCCGUUUCGUUGAGGCUCGAGGAGUUAGCCAACUGUCUGAAAAGCCCCGAGGAGGAAGAGGAAGAGGAUGGCGAUAGUGAUAGUGGCAGUGGUGAGAGUAAAGAUAGCGACGAGGAGGGUAUUAUUGUUGAGUUCAUGAUGGAGGAAAGUGUCCUCGAAGAUGUACUCGAACAUGAGGAAGAUGAAGAAUUGGCAAAAGAAGAAGCUGCCGCAGCGGCGGCAACAGUAGCAGUUAAUCAAACCUCAGACAAAGAAACCAACACGGAAUGCGUCUUCAUUCCAGAGCAGGGCAAGCAAAGGAAACUAUCUGCCGCGGGGGUGGUGCCUGGUGCUGUUCACGACGACAAGAACUCCAUUGUCAUCAAGAGAAGUCAAACUUUCUCACCUAGUGCGGCUGUCAGCAGGAACCAUUACAUCUGUCGGUUGAAUCGUAGCGACAGUGACAGCAGUAUGCCAUUGUACAGGCGAGGCGGUCCUUUCCAACGCAACUCGGUUGAGCGUCGUUCUCUUCGUUGGCGACGACCCUCAUCCGCAUUGAGUUGCAAGUCACCGUCUACCUCUUCUAAAUCCAAAUCGUCUCACUUCAGCAUCACCGCACGGACCUCGCUCGACCUCGAACUUGAUUUGCAAGCUCAGCACGCCCGACUUACCAACCUCCAUGAUGAGCUUAACAGGCUGCGAGCACUCAAACAAAGGCUCGAGCAAGCGCGCGAGAAUGGCGAUGUAGAUAUGGCCAAUUGGUUGCUAGAGGACGACAAGUUUCAAGUACUCAUGCAGCAAGCCGAAAGCGGAAAGAAUGGCAAGACUGCGGAGGAUAAGAAAGUUGAAAAGAUGCUUAGAAAGACCAGUAAAGAAAUAUACAAGCUACGAAAAACUAAGGCUGGAAAGGGCAAGCCUGACAUCAUAUCAUUCAAAGAAAAAAUGGCAUUUUUCACUCGAGUCAACUUGAACGUGCCAGUUCUUCCGCCCGAUGAGCUCAUGACUGAGAAAACAUCAGUACCAAAUCACGAGCAUCGCAGACACGUCUCCGAACCAAGUAGAAUAACUUCGAGUAAAGCCAACUCAACGCAUAACCACGCCAGUAGAAAAUCAAGCGUCUCAUCGACGAGUACUUCCACGGAAACCGCUUCCACUUCGUCCUCGAGUGGUGACCGGAAUAGUAAGAUCUUGAUAGAAAAUGAGUCGGAAGCUCAGAUUGUUGGUUGUAAAUCAGAGGAAGACGAGGGUGGUGAACCUAAAAGGUACGAGUACGUCGUCGAUCGUAAUCUUGGCGUAGAAGUUUAACAGAGAUGGAAUUUGAAGUGAAGUUCCUUCAUAUUUUCAGCAAAUUGCGUAAUCGUUUCAUAAAUUUAUUUUGUAGUAUUUUGAAUGCAAUCGUUGAUAACACGAUCAUAGAAAGUAUAUAUAUAUAAAAGCAAUGAUGAAAAGGCUGUAAUAAAUAUGCCAUUAAGAAAGUAUCAGGGUGUCGUACGCGAAUGUGAAAUUAAUAAGUUAUCUUAAUUUGUAUAAUACAAAUUUACAAUAUCAAAUUUUACACAAAACAUUCGGAUAAAAAAAUGAAAUUUUCAGUCAAUUAUGCAACAAGUACAGAAUUAGUUUGUAAGAUUACAAAAAAGCUUUAAUACGAUGUGAUGAUAUUCUAAAUAUGAUUAAAAAGACAACGUCAUUAUUAUUUUUUUUUUAAUUUACGCAUAAAUUUUCGCAAAUACUAUUUAUUGUUUGAAAGAUUUGUAAAAUCUGGUAAACUUUAGGCUAUAAAAUUACCGUUUUGCGAAUGUGAAAUUUCUUUCUAAUAAAAAAAUGUAGUUAGAAGAAAAUGCCCUAGCACGUGGGAAGAUAUCCUCGCUAAUCGCUUUUUAAAUUCAGCAUCGCGAUCAAAUUCCACGAAUAGUACUUUAAAAUAAACAGACUCGUCAAGCAGUGAGACUCAUGUUUAAGCUUGGCACUUAAUCGUAAUCAACGAUAAGUAUUCAACAUUCAUUGUUUCUUCAUAAUUUUGUUACAUAAGAUACAGGUGCCAUGCACGACUGAAAUAUCAGAACCAAUACAAUUUUCAGAGUUCAACGCUGUCAUGUAAUGUUUCAAUUUUGAUAAAUCGUUGUUGUUGAAAAAAAUUGAGAAAUGGUAAUUAUAAUUUAGGGUAAAGCAACCCAUUGAGCAGCUGGUCUGCUUGAGAUACAAUUGAUGUAUUUCAUUGUGAAUUUCUCAAUUGUAUCGCAACAAAAGUAACAUUUUUUGAAGCUGACUCUUUUUUAUUCUCACGUGAUAAUAAUGAAACAGUCAGCCUCAAAGAAAUUAUUGCGAUAGCUUACGAGUGCCUUUGUAAAAAAAUAAUGUCUCUUAUUGUGUGAAAGCAUCAACGUUGACGUUGAGUCGAGUCCCAAAGUAUCAAAAAAUCGUUUAUAAAUAUGUAAACAAAUUAUUUUGCGAGUUAAGUGUAUUUUUCGUGAUUGUUAAAUUUGUUAUGAAAUUAAAUGAAAAAUGCAAUUGUCAGAGAAGAAUAAAAAAAGUAUCGACAACGCACAGCGUUCGAUCUCACCGAAAGAAUGUGCCUUAAUCGACAUGCCAUUCGUUCGACAUGCGUGAGAUAGUGAGAGAGAAAAAAUGUAUAAUAAUUGAGUUCUAUCGAAGAGACCAACUUCUAGAUUAUAAUGUAAAUGUAUACAAUAAACACAGAAAUUCGGACGGACACAGCGGUGUUACGACUAUUGCCUUCGAACAGAGAGGCAAUAAAUUUUUUUCAUGCUUUAUAGAAAUGCAGUGGAAAGGGACAAACAUACAUAGAAAACUCGAGAAUUUAACGUUUAAAAAAUUAAUAAGCUUGUACAUAUACAAUUCACUUCUCUUCAUUUUGUACAUACGUAUAUAAUAAUCUUUAAAAAUCUUACCCUAGACGAGCCACAGUUAUGAUAUACAAAAACAAAGUCCCGUCUACGUGAGUUAUCAGCAUAUCCUGUAUAUGAAUUUAAAGAAACAAACAAAUAAUAACGCUACUAUUGACAAUUAAAAAUGUCGUAGCGUUUUCAAACAUAGGAGAGAAAAAAGUACACUGCGACGUUGAACGCAAUCAACAAUCCUUGUAAUUGCAGAAAUUUCGGUGAUGCAUGUGCCUUACACGAAAAUCCUGUUGCGUUUUAUGUCUUGUUUAUAUUAUUAUAAUAUUAAAUAUUUGUUCGACGAAGUUGUAUAGGGCGAAAGAGACACGUGUCCCACAAUAUACCGAUGUAUUAUUAAUGUUACAUUAUGUAUUAUUAUUACAAUUAUUUUAUUAUAAUUAUUCUAAUAAUUUUAAUAUUAUAAUUUUUAUUAUUAUGUUUAUGAUCAUUUUUAUGAUUACUAUUAUUAAUAUUAUUAUUAUUAUUAUUAUUAUUAUUAUUAUUAUUAUUAUUAUUAUUAUUAUUAUUAUUAUUAUCGUGUAGCGUGUAAACAAGAAAUUGCCCUGUAACGAAGAAGAGUAUCACAAUAGUAAUAAUGAUUUCAUAACGAGAAAAAAAAUAAUUUUUUUUCAGAUACACUACUUGCUUUGUAAGUAAUG